GCGGCGGCGUGGAGCGAGGGUGGGAGCGGCGGGAGGCGGCCGCGAAGGGGUUAACCCCGGCCCGGGCCAGAGCCCCGCGGCGCGCGCUCGGCCCGGGGGACCCAGGCGUCCGGCGGCUCGCCGGGAGCGCCCCCUCCCCCGGGUGGCGCCCUAGCCGAGGCAGGUUCUCGGGAGCAAGGACACCCCCGCUUUGAACGCUGCCCUUUAACAACCUGGGACGAGGCGCGGCUGUGUUAAGUGAGGAGCAGGGAGCCAUUACAAGGACACGGCGACAUAAAGUGGAGCGGAGCUGAGCGGCUGCCUGGAGCUCUGCCUUGGCCCCGGGGGCCCCACUGAGCGAGCAGCAUGUGGCCCCCCCAGGCCUGCCCAGCAUCCUUCUGCCCGCUGCCCAGCCCCCCCAGGAGGCCCUGACGCCCUGGGGCACUUCUACUGUGCACAGGACCACGUGGGGGUUUGCCAUGGUGACAUAAAGGGGUGCGGAGGAAGGAAGGAGCGCAACCAGCCGUGGACUGCGCCCCUGGCUGGGAGGAAGGGCCAGGGCCCGGAUCCUCCUCUCCCCCGCCCACUGCGGGCCUCACUCACUGAGUCUCUGUGAAUCUCUCGGCCGGUGGACAACUCGGGCAUCUCCUCCUGCGUGGGGCCUUGGGGCAGGCCGGGGCCCUGGUGGCCACGGUCUGGGGGCCAGGAUGCCCGCCCUGGCGCGCCUCCGCAGGUUGUGUCGGCACGUGUCCCCGCAGGCCGUCCUUUUCCUGCUGUUCGCCUUCUGCCUGUUCAGCGUUUUUGUCUCGGCCUACUACCUUUAUGGCUGGAAGCGGGGCCUGGAGCCGUCGGCGGACGCCCCCGAGCCUGACUGUGGGGACCCUCCUCCCGUGGCGCCCAGCCGCCUGCUGCCUCUCAAGCCCAUCCAGGCGGCCACCCCUUCCCGCACGGACCCUUUGGUGCUGGUGUUUGUGGAGAGCCUCUACUCGCAGCUGGGCCAGGAGGUGGUGGCCAUCCUGGAGUCCAGCCGCUUCAAGUACCGCACGGAGAUUGCACCGGGCAAGGGCGACAUGCCCACACUCACUGACAAGGGCCGCGGCCGCUUCGCCCUCAUCAUCUAUGAGAACAUCCUCAAGUACGUCAACCUGGAUGCCUGGAACCGGGAGCUGCUGGACAAGUACUGCGUGGCCUACGGCGUGGGCAUCAUUGGCUUCUUCAAGGCCAAUGAGAACAGCCUUCUGAGCGCACAGCUCAAAGGUUUCCCCCUGUUCCUGCACUCGAACCUGGGCCUGAAGGACUGCAGCAUCAACCCCAAGUCCCCGCUGCUCUACGUGACCCGGCCCAGUGAGGUGGAGAAGGGCGUGCUGCCCGGCGAGGACUGGACCGUGUUCCAGUCGAACCACUCCACUUACGAGCCGGUGCUGCUGGCCAAGACGCGCUCGUCUGAGUCCAUCCCGCACCUGGGCGCGGACGCCGGGCUGCACGCCGCGCUGCACGCCACGGUGGUCCAGGACCUGGGCCUGCACGACGGCAUCCAGCGUGUCCUCUUUGGCAACAACCUCAACUUCUGGCUGCACAAACUCGUCUUCGUCGAUGCCGUGGCCUUCCUUACGGGCAAGCGCCUCUCACUGCCUCUGGACCGCUAUAUCCUGGUGGACAUCGACGACAUCUUCGUGGGCAAGGAGGGCACACGCAUGAAGGUGGAGGACGUGAAGGCCCUGUUUGAUACACAGAACGAACUACGGACACACAUCCCAAACUUCACUUUCAACCUGGGCUACUCAGGGAAAUUCUUCCACACAGGUACUGAUGCUGAGGAUGCGGGGGAUGACCUGCUACUAUCAUACGUGAAGGAGUUCUGGUGGUUCCCCCACAUGUGGAGCCACAUGCAGCCCCACCUUUUCCACAACCAGUCUGUGCUGGCUGAGCAGAUGGCCCUGAACAAGAAGUUCGCUGUCGAGCACGGCAUUCCCACAGACAUGGGGUACGCGGUGGCACCCCACCACUCGGGCGUGUACCCUGUGCACGUGCAGCUCUACGAGGCUUGGAAGCAGGUGUGGAACAUCCGCGUGACCAGCACAGAGGAGUACCCUCACCUGAAGCCAGCCCGCUACCGUCGUGGUUUCAUCCACAACGGCAUCAUGGUCCUCCCGCGGCAGACCUGCGGCCUCUUCACACACACCAUCUUCUACAACGAGUACCCGGGUGGCUCCAGUGAGCUGGACAAGAUCAUCAAUGGAGGCGAGCUCUUCCUGACCGUGCUCCUGAACCCUAUCAGCAUCUUUAUGACACACCUGUCCAACUACGGGAAUGAUCGCCUGGGCCUGUACACCUUCAAGCACCUGGUGCGCUUCCUGCACUCCUGGACCAACCUUCGGCUGCAGACGCUGCCCCCGGUGCAGCUGGCCCAGAAGUACUUCCAGAUCUUCUCCGAGGAGAAGGACCCGCUCUGGCAGGAUCCCUGCGAAGACAAACGCCAUAAGGACAUCUGGUCCAAGGAGAAGACGUGUGACCGCUUCCCAAAGCUCCUCAUCAUCGGCCCCCAGAAAACAGGCACCACGGCCCUCUAUCUGUUCCUGGGCAUGCACCCCGACCUCAGCAGCAACUACCCCAGCUCUGAGACCUUUGAGGAGAUCCAGUUUUUUAAUGGCCACAACUAUCACAAAGGCAUUGACUGGUACAUGGAAUUCUUCCCUAUCCCCUCCAACACCACCUCCGACUUCUACUUUGAGAAAAGCGCCAACUACUUUGAUUCGGAAGUGGCUCCCCGGCGGGCAGCUGCCCUGUUACCCAAAGCCAAGGUCCUGACCAUCCUCAUCAACCCAGCGGACCGAGCCUACUCCUGGUACCAGCACCAGCGAGCCCAUGAUGACCCGGUAGCCUUGAAGUACACUUUCCAUGAGGUGAUCACUGCUGGGCCCGAUGCAUCCUUGAAACUGCGCACCCUCCAGAACCGCUGCCUGGUGCCUGGCUGGUACGCCACCCACAUCGAGCGCUGGCUCAGCGCCUUUCACACCAACCAGAUUCUAGUCUUGGAUGGCAAACUGCUGCGAACAGAACCUGCCAAAGUGAUGGACACAGUGCAGAAGUUCCUUGGGGUGACAAACACCAUUGACUACCACAAAAUGUUGGCGUUUGAUCCAAAGAAAGGAUUCUGGUGCCAGCUGCUCGAAGGAGGAAAAACCAAGUGUCUAGGCAAGAGCAAGGGCCGGAAGUACCCGGAGAUGGACUUGGAUUCCCGCGCCUUCCUGAAGGACUAUUACCGGGACCACAACGUCGAGCUUUCCAAGCUGCUGUACAAGAUGGGCCAGACACUGCCGACCUGGCUCCGGGAGGAGCUGCAGAACACCAGGUAGCCACGGCCCCCACCGCCGGACUGAAUGUGACGGCAGGGACGUCCCGCCACACGCUGAGCCAGACUGACCUGCAGAGUGGGGAGCGGGGCCCGGCUGGCCAAGCACUCACAAGCAAUAUUCCGCCGUGGCCCGGGCCAGCCAGGAGGAGAGCCCAGGCAGGUGCCCACGUGCCUCAGAGCAUCCAGCAUGCAGUCGGUGGCCUCUCGGACCUCCCUUGCCACCUGAGGUCCAUUCCGCUCACAGUCUUUCAUGGAGAGGCCACUUCCUGUUGGUGGAGGACCACAGGCUGGUAGGAAGGAGUCCACAAGACUCUGUUCUCUGGCCCUCACUGUGUCUACCCACCGUGCUCUCUCUCCAUCCAUCACUCCCUGCCCCUGUAGGGCGUCCACUCAGUAUUAGCUGCCACGUCGUCUCUGUCCUCCCGACAACAAGGACAAGGGUCCAGCUGGGGCCUCUGGCAAACCAGGGAGAGAAAUUGGAUGUUUCGCUGAUGUUUCAAGCCAGGCUCUUCAGAGGGAUCAGCUGGAAACCCAGAGGCAGCCAUAGGCGGGGUGUGAGGGUGGCCACCUUGAGAGAAUGCUGGACCUCCACACCCAUUGCAGCUUAUACCUUUACAUCUCACCUUCCCGCUUUGGGGAUAGAACUGCUGGUUCAUACAGUACCCACCCGGUUCUCAAGGCCACCUUCAGGGCCCUGGGGGCACUGCCAUGCCAUUUGGACCCAGAGACCCAGUCCUCAACCCUGCUCCCUCUCUCCCCCUGGGACAUGACAUGCGUGGCGUUUCCUGUGGUAAGAGACUGAGGCGGUCAUGGGGCCGGCUGUAUACAUGCUCCAGUGUACAUUUGUUGCCCCCAGGCCCCUGCCUUGACCCCAGGCGGAUGCUGGACAGAGUUGGUGAGACCACCACCUCUUUCUGACGCCAGCUCCCUGGGGCCGAGGGUUCCUAGAGCCCCCCUUAACUUCCCAAGUACUAAGAAGCUAAAGUAUUUUAAUUUUUUUUUUUCUUGGUGCCAGAGUUUAUACCCUGGGUGCUGGGGUUGCACUGUGUUACAUAUAUAUAUAUAACUGUGUAUAUAUAUAUAUAUUAUAUAUAUAUAUUAUAUUUUUUUGGUUGGGUUUGUUUUUAAUUCAGUCAUACAGAAUGGUGGCAAGCCCCAGUCCCAAAGGGUGUCCUAUCUCAGUGCUAGAGCAUGGGAUGGGGGCGUGGUAUGUAUCUUCACGUGUGGGGGCCUCAAGGACACAGGAUGGAUGUGCCCUUGGAGAGGUCAAGUGCCAUGGCUGCCCUGCAGCUACUCCAGGAGAACAGGGGUGGUGAGAUGCAGAGGGAAGACCUACUGUCUCCAGGAAGUCUGGCUUCAUGAAGUGCAGUGAUCCCAGGGGACUUCUGAUCAAAGGAAACAGCCAGGCUGAGGUAGGAGACCCCGGGGCUAAAUGCUGGCCUGUUCCCCUUCCCCUCACAUGGUGCUAGGUUGGGAGCUGCCCUGGGAGCUUGGGGGCCCCCAGGACCCCUCAGAGCUGUCUCCAGGCCCCUCUGCAGACAAGGGGAUCUCUGGGCUAGUUUCUGGUGGGGGCCUGCUCCUACCCUCCUCCUAACAAUGUGAAGUGACUAAGGCUGGGGUGCCUCUUCCCCAGUCCCUCCCACUGCCAGUUCAGCUUUGAACUGACGCCUCGGAAAUCCUUUCUAGAGAGCCUGGUCUUUGUUCAUAGGAUGUUGGGGCUGAGGGGUCCUUCAACGGGUGUGGACACAGCUCCAGAAAGGGGAGAUGGCCUCCUGGGCUGACGUCACAGAAUUGACUGGGAGCAGGGCCAAGAAGCAAACUUGAGGCUCCCGCUUCCAUGCCCAGAGCUCUUCUUCCAAUGCCACACUGCCUCUGAGCCCAUCCUUGGGACCCUGCUCUGCCAGGUUGCUGUCCCUCCUUUGGUCUUGCCUUUGGUCAUUCCAGGAUAUGGGGACAAACCACUCCUUCCCAGCGCGGUGCCUUCUCAGCCCCAGAUCUGCAUCCCUGUUGUGCUCACCCCACCUCAGAAGGCCCUUCCCCAGCCUGGAAACCCAGAUCUUGGUUCCCAGGGUCUCCGUGGAAUGGAGAAGUGGAGUGUUCUGCGGAGCCGGCUGCAUGUGGUUCUACCGUCCCCUAAGGGAAGUGUUCCCAUUAUGCUUUUCAUGGGGCCUUAGAACCUGGCGCUGCCAGCCCGGCGGGGGCUGAGGAGCGGAGUGUCUGAGGACUGGGUGGCAUGCCUGCAUGCAUGCUCGUGAGGACUUACCAGCACCAGGAACCAGACUCCCAGAGCUGGCAGCGGCUUCCGCAGUGCAGAGCCCAGCCUCCCUUCCUGUCCUUCAGUGCGAGGCUUGUGUUCUGUGAUGAGGCCCUCAGAGCUCCCACCGUCUGAGGUCUGUCUUCGAGGGGCGGGUGGGUCCGGUCCCCUUGUCCUCCAGCCUGAGGAAGAGACAGGCAGGUUUGAGACCCUGGGGGAGCAGAGGAAAUCCCGGGGACUUGACCUGCCACGUGUUGUAAGUCUGUCUUGUCACUGCUACUUUUUCCCUUCCCACUAAAGGAAUCUGUCUCAAGGACCCCUGCCAGGACUUGGAGGUACUGGGGAGGGGAGAGAGCCCUAGGGGCUCUUUGGCUACUGAGUACACAGAUCCCCUGAGAGGGGAGAAAACCAGAGGUCAGUGGUGCAGUGUCCUCGGCAUCCUCCAUGUCACUAAGUCACUGGCCUGAAAACAAGAGCAGAAACUCUGCCCCCCUUCUGCCAUCUCCUCCGCACGCCUGUGCCCCAGGCUGGGCGCAGGUGUGCUGUGUCCCCGGGGUUCUAGAGCUGCCCACAGCAGGUGUCUUGCACUUGGAGAAAGAGUCUGAGGUGUAAGGAUGGGUCUCUUCUGCACCUCUCAAUAGGAGCAGCCAGUGCCUCUAGGGCCCAGCAAGGGAGCAGUGGUCUGUUCCCAGCAGGUGGAAACUGCUGGGCUGACCUACAGAGACCAGUUGGUCCCAACAUGGAGCUAUCCCCACAGGUACAUUAGAAAGAGCAAGUAAAUGUUGUACCAAAUAUUUUAUAACUAACUCCCACUAUCCACGGUUUAGACUUACAGUGAACAUUUUGCCACGUUUUUUUAAUCUUUUUGUCUGUACGUUUUUUCUGAACUAGUUUAAAAGUUGCAGUUAUCAUUAAGACUCCAUCCCAAAUACUUCAGCUUACAUCUCCUAAGAGGUAGGUCAUUUUCCUUCAGUUGGCCCACCAUCACUCCCAAGACGACAGUCAUUUCCCAGCAACAUCAGUCCCUAUUUAAAGUUCCCCCAAAUAAUUUAUGCCUGGUUUUAGAAUUAGGACCUAGUUAAGGUACACAAGUUGCAUCUUGGAAGUGUGUUUUCUAAAAUCUCUUUCAAGCCAGUGAAGUUACCAUUCUGCUCACUUUGGUUUUUUAAAUGACGUUAUUUCUGAGGCUCGACGUCCCGCAAGCUGAUCUGUUUCUUCAAGGCCCUGUACCGGCAAGGGUGAUUUAGGCUAUGGGGAGUGUUACCUUUUGUUGCUGACUUAAAAACUUCAGUCCCUUCGCUGUCACCUGUACCAAGUGCCAGAUCAACAGAGGGGCGGGGGAGGCAGCUUCCCGACUGGGCUGGGAGAGUCUGGAAGGAAGAGGCCGCACGCGUGGAGGCUGGGCCUGUGGGAAAUGAGGCAUCUUGGACUCAGAAGGUCCUGUGUUCUCCUUCUGAUCCUGGGACUGGACCACAGGGCAUCAAAUAGUAUCUCUCUCUGUUUUGCAUCUCUGGGUUUUCGCUUCCUGGAGGCCCAUGGUCUGUGUGCACAAGGGCAGAGCCGCAGGAACGCACCAAAGAAGGGGGGUGGGGCACCUUGCCCAGGCCGCGGUUGAGGAGAAAGAGCCCUGGGCUGGAGGCAGAUGUGAAGUUUUGCCCAAGUUGUGUGCACUGAGUAGCUCAGUGACGGUUUUCCUUCCAGGGACUUAAUUUCCCCAUCUAGAACAAGCAGAUGGGGCUACAGCGUGGGCUUUUCAGACAUCAAAGAAGAAAGGAAGUCUGCUCUCGUUGAGGUGGGGAUGGAGGUCCCCCUGCGCUUGAGGCAGUGCCGGGCUUCCGGCUUGCUUAGCUGGCUGGGGCUGCCUGUCCCCACGGCUUCCCUUUGCCAGCUCCCACCAGGGAGAGCCGUGGGCCUCGUGCAGUCAGUGUCGAGGGCCCAGGGCAGACUCUGGCUGUGUUUCACCCUAAUAAGUUCAUCCCUCCCUCCCUCCCUCCUCUCUGUGGCCCUUGAGGAGAAGGAGGGCGGUGAGGGUUUUCUAUGACUGUGCUAGCUUUUAUUAUCAGCAAGAGGGCUCCUUUUGUAAUUUGUGCAUGAAAUUCAUGUCAUUUCCUGGGGAGAGAGGAGAGAGCUGACUGGGGGGGGGCAGGUUAGGGGAACAGGCAGAGGUUUCCUUCCUUUGUGGGUGGGGAGGAGAGAGGAGGGUGCUUCCCCACUCAGCUGAUCAGGGCUCUCAAACCAGCCGUUUUGGGUUGUGUUGAACGUGGGAACCUUCCUCCAUUAAUGUACAAUCUUGAACUAACUGCUAAUAAAGUGGGGUUCUGUUUGUA